AUGGCCCCCAGCCAGUGCCCACUGCCCCAAGCGUCUACACUGCUGCUCAGGUCCCAGCGCCCUUGCAGCCCCGCCCCUACUGCACACAGAUCAUGGGAGUCACGGACAUUCAACACUGUAUCAAAGGGCAAGGAUGUAAAAUCCUCACUCCCGGAACCCUUCCUAUCCCCACUCGCGGCGUCCUCCUUCACUCCACCUUUGAACACGAUGCCUCCUGCACGGAAGUUGGCAGGAAGUAGAUGGCAACCAGCAGAGUCGCCAGCCACUGAAUGUGAAAGAGUAAGGGCUGAAACGAUCAUGAGGAACAAUCGUGUGUUUCAGUCCCUUGGUAUUAAUGCAACAAAGGACAUUUUGAACAAGACCACUGCAACUAAGAAGACUAUGGCUCGUGAAAACUCUGGUUCAUUGUAUGACCCUAGAGAUAGUGAUGGCAGUGAAGAGGACAAGUGUGCAAAAAAUGCACUUAACCGUGAGAAAAAGCAAGAGAAAUAUAAAGAUGAACCACCCAAUGCGAUAGAUCUUUUCAAGGCGCUACAUUGCAACAGCAAGACUGGGUUUAAUGAGUCUGCAAAGGAAGCUAUUGCUAAAAUGGAAUCCAUCGUUGCUGCACCUAUAGAAGACGGCCAAGUUUCAAAGACCCCUACUGAAGUUGUUGCUCAAGUGUUGCCGAAAUCAAAAUUUCUUCAAAAUAUUGGCCUUCAGCUAGCAGCCCCCAAGAGAAGCUCCAAAGCCAUUAAUGAUGCACGGGUUAUAGAACUUGAAGCAGAAGUUGCAGCUGGAAAGCAAGACAAAGAAGAACUAAAGGAUGAGAUGGAGACUUUGAAGAAGGUGGAGAAAUCAGAAAAUGAAAGACGCAGGCUGUUAGAAGAGACAGAGCAGUUGAAGAAGGCACAAGAUGAGUUGAAGAAGGCACAAGACGAGACGAAUGUUUUCUUUCGUCGCAUGUUCAGCAAAGAGUAA